AUGGGGAGCCGCCUGGCCCUGGCCCUCGCCCUCCUCCUGGCUCUCUCCCUCGCCACCGCCGCCGCGCACCGAAAGCUGCUCGUGUUCCUCAUCGACGGCUUCCGCUUCGACUACCUCGACGACGAGGAGCUGGAGUCCCUGCCGGGCUUCAGGGACAUCGUGAGCAUGGGGGUGAAGGUGGAUUACAUGACUCCAGACUUCCCAAGUCUUUCCUACCCCAACUACUACACACUGAUGACAGGUCGCCACUGUGAGGUCCAUCAGAUGAUUGGAAACUACAUGUGGGACCCAGUUACAAAUGUGUCUUUUGAUAUUGGUGUGAAUAAAGAAAGCCUGUUGCCUCUUUGGUGGAACGGAUCAGAGCCCUUGUGGGUCACCAUGAUGAAAGAAAAGAAGAAUGUCUCUAUGUAUUACUGGCCAGGUUGUGAGGUUGAAAUCCUUGGCGUGAGACCAAGUUAUUGCCGCGAGUACUUCAGCGUCCCAUCGGACAAGAACUUUGCGGAUGCGAUCAGUGACGCUCUCGAGUCCUUGUGCAACGGCAGCGCGGAGAUGGCAGCUGUCUACUACGAGCGCAUCGACGUGGAAGGGCACCACUACGGCCCCGCGUCCCCGCAGCGCAAGAGCGCCUUGAAGGAGGUGGACAAAGCCUUGAGCAACAUGAUCCAGCAAAUCAAGAGCAAGGGCCUUCAGGAUGAGGUCAACGUCCUCCUCUUCUCUGACCACGGGAUGACUGACAUCUCUUGGGCCAACAAAGUGAUUGAGCUGAAGAACUACAUCAAUAUGAGCGAUACCAUACAAAUGAAGGACCGAGGUCCUGUUGUGAGCCUGUGGCCAGUGCCAGAGAAGCACACAGAG